AUGCAUUUCGCCAAAGCUCUGCUGUUUACCGCUGCGGCUGUCGCGCCCUUCGCAUCCGCUGCAGCGCAAGCUGAACCAACCACCACCAUCACCGUCAAGGUGGUGAGCGUUGGCGCUUCUUCCACUCCUACACCAUCCCCCACCAGCAGCGUCGUCAGCGUGACUCCAAGCAGCAGCAGCCCCUCCAUUCGACCCACCGGUGGCAUCUAUCUCCCCAGCUCCGGCCGCUGGAACUCAACCAGCUCUUCGAUCGUCAAGGUGACAGUUCCUGCCACCGUCAGUGGCCCCUCCCAGACAAACGCUGCUGCCUCCGCGAUCUCGUCGGCACCAUCCCAGGGCGGCGCCGCUUCCUCGAUCAACUUCUCCGGCCCUCUGACUGCUGUUGCCAUGGCUCUCGCUGGAUUUGCCAUGUUUUAA